GUAUCCAUAUAAACGGUCGGUCGCAGAUUUGAGCUCAAGUUCUUCCAUGCUCUUGCGCAAGUACUACACGAUUCAAAUAAUCUCCGUUCACAAGCAACCAUAAUGGCAGAUGCUAUGAAGCUGGAAGCCGACCUGGCGGCUUUUCUGAAUGUCGUUCCAAAAACUUACUCUCUCAGUGUCCUUGCAGCAUUGGUCGGGUAUUUGAUCUACAAGUGGCUCAUUGCAACAGAUAUCCCGCAUAUUAAAGGCCUCCCCGAAAUCCCAGGCGCAAUUCCUGUCUUUGGCCAUUUACUCAAACUAGGUGAAGACCAUGCCAGUGUUUGCGAGCGUUGGUGGCGACAGUAUGGACAUUCCGUGUACCAAAUCCGUCUCGGAAAUACUCGCGCAGUGGUCGUGAACUCGUUUGAGGACUGUCGCAAAAUGUUGCUGGGCCAUCAGAAUGCGACUAUUGAUCGUCCCAAAUUGUAUACCUUCCAUGGCAUCAUUAGUAGCACGCAGGGUUUCACUAUCGGCUCAUCUCCCUGGGAUGAUUCGUGCAAGAAAAAGCGCAAAGCCGCCGGAACUGCAUUGGGAAGACCGGCAUUGAGAAAUUACAACAACAUGUUCGAUUUGGAGAGUUACUGUAUAGUGCGAGAUCUGAAGCGUGACAGUAACAAUGGUCAGGUAGAACUCAAUGUUCGACCUUUUAUUCAGAGAUAUGCCUUGAAUACUACCUUGACUUUGUGCUAUGGGAUUCGAAUGGACGAGGUCUACGAUGAGCUUCUCCGUGAGAUUCUCUACGUUGGAUCCGCCAUUUCCCUCCUUCGAAGUGCCUCCGAAAACCUGCAAGACUAUGUUCCUCUUCUACGCUACAUGCCCAACAACGAAAAGAACAUGCGGUCCAAAGAGCUACGUGAACGCCGAGAUGCUUACUUGAAUCUCCUACUUGAUAAAGUACGAGCCAUGAUCAAGAAGGGAACCGACAAGCCUUGCAUUUCGGCAGCUAUUCUCAAGGAUGAGGAGACUAAGCUUACGGGGGUUGAAGUCUCUUCCAUCUGUCUGUCGUUGGUGUCUGGUGGAUUUGAGACGAUUCCUGGUACUUUAACAUCAGCCAUUGGAUCGCUGUCUACGCCUGAAGGUCAAGAAUGGCAAGAUCGUGCAUAUGCAGAUAUCAAAAGAUUCUAUCCGGAUGUUCGCGAUGCUUGGACUGAUUGUAUCCAUGAAGAGAAGAUUCCUUACAUCAAUGCUAUCAUCAAGGAAGCUGGUCGUUACUAUACCGUCAGCGCUAUGAGUUUACCUCGAAAGACUGUCACGGAAGUCAACUGGAAUGGAGCAAUCAUUCCGCCCAAGACAAUGAUUUUGAUCAAUGCUCAGGCCGGUAAUCACGACGUCGACCACUUCGGCCCUGACGGAAACAAAUUCAACCCAGAGCGAUGGCUUAAAUCCCUCGACCCUCCCACUGAAAAAGAGACCACAGGUCUAUCUCACCUGAGCUUCGGAGCAGGCUCUCGCGCCUGUUCCGGCCAAUUCAUUGCCUCACGACUCCUCUAUGUCGCUCUCGUCCGUCUCCUAUCAUCAUACAAGAUUGUAGCAAGUGAGGAUAGCCCGCCCAAUACGGAUUAUGUUGAUUACAAUCAGUUCAAGUCCGCUUUGGUUGCUAUUCCGAGGGAUUUUAAGGUUAAACUUAUUCCCAGAGAUGAAGCUAUGACGGCCGAGUGUUUGGGUGCAGCCGAGGCCCGGACGAAGGAUCAUUACAAGGAGUGAUUAACGAUAGGAUGAGAUAUUAUAGAUUUUUGUUAGUGUUUCAUGAUUGUAAAUAUAUGUAAGCUGUACCUAGGUAUCUCCGUAAUCAAGGAAUACGGUAGCUUGCACGGAGAAUGAAUAGCGGUUAAAUUCAAGUAUCAUUAGGCGAUCAUUGC